AUGACUUCAACACAGGAGGACCAACAUGGAGCGAGAAGUCAGCGCUCUCAGGAGGCCGACAAACCUCACAGAAGAAAGGGACGGAAAAGAUACAGCUGUGAUGUGUGUGGGAAGGAGUUUACUCACAGUAGCAACUUAGGACAUCAUCAAGUUACCCACUCUGGAGUUAAGGCGUACAGCUGUGAUGAGUGUGGAAAGUCUUUUACCCAGGCUGGAAGCUUAAAAACACACAAACUCAUCCACAGUGGAGUUAAACCGUACAGCUGCGAUCAGUGUGGUAAAGCUUUUGCUCGCAGUAGUACCUUACAACGUCAUCAAGUUACCCACUCUGGAGUUAAGGCGUACAGCUGUGAUGAGUGUGGAAAGUCUUUCACCCUGGCUGCAAGCUUAAAAACACACAAACUCAUCCACAGUGGAGUUAAACCGUACAGCUGUGAUCAGUGUGGUAAAGCUUUUGCUCACAGCAGCGGCUUAAGAGGUCAUAAAGUUACCCACUCUGGAAUUAAGGCAUACAGCUGUGAUCAGUGCGGUAAAGCUUUUGCUCACAGCAGCGGCUUAAGAGGUCAUAAAGUUACCCACUCUGGAAUUAAGGCGUACAGCUGUGAUCAGUGCGGUAAAGCUUUUGCUCACAGCAGCAGCUUAAGGAGUCAUCUAGUUACCCACUCUGGAAUUAAGGCGUACAGCUGCGACUUUUGUGGAAAAACCUUUCGUCGGCUACUCAGCCGUAAUAUUCACCAACGCAUUCACACCAAAAAUGAUUUUUGCUUCUGUGAUCAGUGUGGCAAAACCUUUGUGGCAUACGACCAUUUACAGCGGCACAUGUUUACCCACACUGAGGAGAGACCUUAUAAAUGUGACCAGUGUGAGAAGACUUUUAAAGCUCCACGUUACCUGAGAGUCCACAAACAGAUUCACACCAGAAAGAAACUCUACAAGUGCACUUACUGUGAGAAGCAGAGUGACACAGAUGGAUCCAGUUCUCAACCCUGUCACCGCUGUGGUGGUGGGAAAGAGUUUCGCUGUGACCUUUGUGGAAAAACGUUCAUUCAUCAGCGAAGCCUAGAACUACAUCAACGCAGACACACUGGAGAAAAAAUGAACUACUGCAGAGAAUGUGGGAGAGGAUUCCCACAUCAA